AAUAUAGAAAAGAAGAAGCAGCAGAACAAAGCAAACAUUGCAAUAUGUCGACACAACGCAUCAAUGCAGCCGAAAAAGAUUUGGAGAAAUUUAUCAAAUUUCUCGCUUUGAAAUCCACCCAAGUUGUGGUCCAGUCAAGGCUUGGGGAAAAAAUCCAAACAAAAUGUAAUCCAUUGGCCGGAAACGAUUGGUUCAACAUCGUGGUCGAAGAUCAUCCAGAUGUUCAUGCUGAAACGAAAAAAGCCUUAGCUUUGUCACCCGGAGAGAACAUUUUGAAACGUCUGCCGCUGUGUGUGGAGAUUUCCCUGAAAACAGCCGAAGGUGAUCAAAUGAUUUUGGAGGUGUGGUCAUUGGAUUUACAGCCUAAUGUGGGCGGUGGCGUCGGCAGCGGUGUCCAAACUAAGAAUAAAGAUACCGCAGCCAACAACGCCGCCAAUGACAAGGCUGGCCUUAAUCAAAACAUCAAUAAUACAUCACAACCCGAUACGCCCUGUCUGAAGACAGCCCAUGCCAUCUACAAUCGCAUGGGCAUGCUUUUGAAGUCAUUAAUUUCGUUGACACGUGCCACACCCGCAUACAAGCUAUCCCGACGCCAGUGUCCCGAUUCGUACAGCAUUUACUAUCGCAUCUAUGUGGAAAAGCCUCAAGUCCAUGCAUUGGGCGAGGGACAUAAAACAGUGCGCAUUGGAAAUUUAAACACCAUCGUGGGCAAUUUGGUGAUGAGCGUGUCGUAUCGCACGAAAAUGACAAUUACUCCAUCGGCCACAGCUGCCCAGGCCAGAACACGAGAAUCGAAUACCAUCAUGAUUGAUUCGAAUCACUUUAAACACUGUGAAAAUAACAGCAAACAGAAUGCGGGCAAUGCCAGCAAUAAAAAAGGAUCUGCGGGUGGUUUGGGUGGUGACAAGAAAAUCAUCGAUAUUGAAAAACCCCUGAGGCCAGGUGCCUUUACAGAUGUGGGUAAACUGCGUCAAUAUACCGAAGAUGAUUUUGUUCUACCCGAAACACCACCAUUUGAGUGGUUGUUGCGGAAACCCCGACACGAGAGUACGGGUAGUACCGGCACGGGUUAUGGUGGUUCCAUUGAAUCGUUAAAUCGGAAAUGCGAUUCACCACAAACGUCGCCCUUGGGAAAUGGUCAUCAACACAAUAUCAACAAUAAUGCUGCCACGAUUAAUAACAACAACAAUUCCUCGGCCACCAACAACAACGUGACGGCCUUUAAGAGUUUGGAAAAUGAUGAAAAUUUACAGCAACCGACAGCAGCUGCAAUCCCGCCAUCUCAAAAAUCACCCAACAAUUCAACACACUCCCAAUCACCUGUCAAAUCAUUGUUUAUACCCGCCACCAUAAAUAGCAACCUGCCACCCAACUGUCGGCAGCAGCAGGCCUCCUCUCCGCCAUCAUCGAUAACCACAACAACACUGGCCCAUCAUCUCUCAUCGGAAGAUGAAAAUCUACUCAAAGAAUUGAAUUUCCCCUUUGCCUCACCCACCUCACAUGUCAAUGAUUUGGCGAAAUUUUAUCGUGAUUGUUAUCAUGCGCCGCCCCUCAAAGGUCUAUCAGAGAUACAGGCUGAGACGUGUUCGCAGGCGGCCAACAAUCAACAGCAAACAAUUUCCUCCGCCGCCAAUUCCUGCUCCAACUCCAAGGGUGAAUAUUCCUUUGUCGAUGAUCUUUCCAAGCAGUUGGAACAGUUUGAAACCUCCCUAGAAGACUAUGACAAAUUGGUAUCACAAUUCAAUAACCUGCAAACAUCAUCGUCAACCGGUAGUCGUAGUAGUGGGGGUCUACAAAUGAGUAAUUAAAAAAAAAAACAAA